AUCUCCGGGGAAGUCACGCUGAUCAUUAUAAAACAAAGCAAAUUAUGUUCAUAGGAACAUAUAGGAAACUGAAAACUAAAAUGAGUCCUCCACAUAUUCUAGUUAUUCCUUUUCCUGCACAAGGCCAUGUAAUUCCUUUACUGGAGCUUUCAUUAUGCUUAGUUAAGCAUGGCUUCAGAGUCACAUUUGUCAACACAGAUCAUACUCACAACCGGGUCAUCAACGCAUUACCGGAAAAUUCUAUAGGGGAUGGAAUCCGUCUGGUGUCGAUUCCAGAUGGAUUGGAACCCGGGGAGGAUAGAAAUGAUAUAGGGAAGCUAUGUGCAGCAAUGCCGAAGGUGAUGCCGGGGAAGCUGGAGGAGCUCAUUGAAGAGAUCAACAGAGUGGAAGAAGAUAAGCUUGUUUGUGUGAUUGCUGAUGGGACGGUUGGAUUUGCUCUUGAAGUUGCAGAGAAGAUGAAAAUUAAGAAGGCUGCCUUUUGGCCUGCAGCAGUGGCUACUCUGGCUUUCUUUUACAAUAUUCCAAAGAUGAUUGAUGAUGGAAUCAUUGACAGUAAUGGGACUCCGUUCAAGAAACAAAUGAUUCAGUUUGCACCCAACAUGCCUGAAAUCAACAGUACAAACUUUAUUUGGGCAAACAUUGGUGGCGGCGUAGCCCAAAAGAUACUCUUUGACUAUUUCUCGAAGACCACAGAAGCUGUGAAAGUUGCAGAUACCCUUAUUGGCAACUCAACCUAUGGCUUUGAACCUGGAGCAUUCAACUUGGUAACAAAUAUGCUUCCAAUAGGACCUCUUUUGGCGAGCAACCGACAAGGAAAUUCAACAGGAUACUUCUGGCAAGAAGACUCAGCAUGCUUGGAAUGGCUUGAUCAACAACAGCCUAACUCAGUCAUUUAUGUUGCAUUUGGCAGCUUCACAGUUAUAGACAAGAUCCAAUUCCAAGAGCUGGCACUAGGACUUGAACUCUCCAACAAGCCAUUCCUGUGGGUUGUUAGGCCAGACAUUACUGAUGGUGCCAAUGAAGCCUUCCCAGAUGGGUUUGAAGAAAGGGUAGCCAACCGUGGGAAAAUGGUGGGUUGGGCGCCGCAACAGAAGGUUUUAAGUCACCCUUCCAUUGCCUGCUUCGUUAGCCAUUGCGGUUGGAAUUCAACCAUGGAAGGUUUAAGCAAUGGGCUUCCUUUCUUAUGUUGGCCAUACUUUGCUGACCAGUUCAUCGAUGAGAGCUACAUUUGUGAUCUUUGGAAGGUAGGAUUGCGGUUUAAAAGAGACGAAAGUGGAAUCAUUACAAGAGAAGAAAUUAAAAGUAAGAUAGAUCAAGUGGUUGGUGAUGAAAAAUUUAAAGAAAGAGCUUUAGCACUCAAGAAAACUGCCAUAGAAACUGUUAAAGAAGGUGGUCAGUCGAACAAGUGUUUGAACAAAUUCAUUGAAUGGAUCAAGGCAUAGGAACUGGCCACAAGUGAUGAUGGAUCAUUGUUAAGGAAAAUAAAACAUGUAAUAACCACUAGGAAAUCUCUGCCAUCACAACCAGGGUUUUAAUUCCAUCGUGUAUUUCUCUUUUAUCAUAUAUUCGAAGAAUCAAAGUCAUUGUUUUUUAAUUUGUAAUAGUCUUUUGCAUUGCGAGGAAUAAGCUCAUCAAUUCUCUUUUCCUUGCUUUGGAUCAAUCGAUCUUAAUGGUGUGUGAAACUUUUUCUACUGUUA